AUGCAUCUAAAUAAUAAUGUGACUGAAUUUAUUCUUCUCGGGUUGACACAAGAUCCUGUGAGAAAGAAAAUAGUUUGCAUCAUUUUUUUGCUUUUUUAUCUGGGAACUUUGUGUGGUAAUUUGCUGAUUAUUACUGCCAUCAAGACCAGUCGGGCACUUGAGAGUCCAAUGUACUUCUUCCUUUUUUAUUUAUCCUUGUCUGACACCUGUCUCUCUACUUCCAUAGCCCCUAGAGUUAUUGUGAAAUCUCUUUUGAAGAAAAACAUAAUUUCAUUCAGUGAGUGCAUAAUCCAAGUUUUUACAGGCCAUAUUUUUGGGUCUUUGGGUAUAUUCAUCUUGAUCCUUAUGGCUGUAGACCGCUAUGUGGCCAUCUGUAAGCCCCUGCACUACAUGACCAUCAUGAACCGUAGGGUCUGUGGAGUGUUGGUGGCAGUUGCCUGGGUAGGAUCCUGUUUGCAUUCUUCUACUCAGACAUUUUUGGCCUUAAGCCUGCCUUUCUGUGGUCCCAAUGUGAUUGAUCACUUUUUCUGUGACUUAGAACCCCUGUUGGAACUUGCUUGUGCAGACACUUACGUGGUCAACCUGCUGUUGGUGUUCAAUAGUGGGGCCAUUUGUUUAGUGAGCUUCAUUCUGCUGAUGUUUUCUUAUGCAGUUAUCCUGCAUUCUCUCAGGAACCACAGUGCUGAAGGGAGGAGAAAAGCCCUCUCCACCUGCAUCUCACACAUCACUGUGGUUGUCCUGUUCUUUGUACCUUGUAUAUUUAUUUAUACACGCCCUGCCACCACCUUCUCUAUGGACAAGAUAGUAACUGUGUUUUACACAAUUGGGACACCUUUUAUCAAUCCUCUGGUUUACACACUAAGGAAUGCCGAAGUAAAAAGUACCAUGAGUAGUUGGUGGAGAAAGACAGUGAUCUCAGGUGCUACAUAG